AUGGUGCAGUCGUUGCAAGAGAAGCACCCUGCUAGCACUGGCGAGGUACCACAGUGGGUCCGUGAUUUCACUGUCGAUGCUCCUCAGCGGCCUCCACUGACGACCGACGUCCUGGCCAGAGCCAUUCAUACAGCCGCUCGCGCUUCAGCAGCAGGGCCAUCGGGGUGGGUCACAGAGCAUCUGCGCGACACCUUCCUCACUGAACCUUCCUGCCUUCCCCACCUAUUGGAGGUGUUCAACCAAUGGGUGGCAGGUCAGGUCCCCGAGCGGGCACGGCCCUGGCUCGCCGCAUCCAACCUAGUUGGGCUUUCCAAGCCUAACGGCGGCGUUCGGCCAGUGGCGAUUGGGGAGGUGCUUCCGCGUAUCCUGGCUCGAGCUCUUUGCAUCUCGCUCCGCCCUGCUAUGGCUUCCUACUUCCUGCCGUGCAACCAGCUGGGAGCGGGCACCAGGGUCGGGGUGGAGAUUCUUACUCAUUCUUUCCGGAUCUUAGAGGCUUUUGGGGUGCUGCGGGAGCGGUUGGAGUGGGUGGGGCUGGAGGUGCAGGCGCACAAGUGCCGGUUUUGGGAUGUGGAGCGGGCACUGCCAUUAGGGAUGCAGCGGGUGGAGGAGGGUCUCACGCUGGUGGGCGUACCUAUUGGGGAGGAGGAUUGGGAGGCUAUUGAGCAGCUGCCAGCGACUAUACGCCAGGAGAUGCCGGGCUUACCUCUCUGUGCAGCGGCUUCCCCUCUUCGACUUUUCCAGGCGCGGCAGCAGCAGUUGGCUGUAGAGGAGCUCCAAGCACUGCGCCGCUCGGCUCGUGACGAUGCCACCCUGGCCCGUUUCACAUCCCUUCAAGGCCCGGGGGCUGGUGCAUGGGUUUCGGCGGUCUCGGCUCACUCAGAUCUCACAUUCACUGCGGCGGAGUGGGGCAUUGCUGCUGCUAUACGGCUUGGUCUCCCAAUUCAGCAGCUGCAGGUCGCGGGGAGGUGUGUUUGUGGCACAGCGUAUGUUGACCCAGCAGACCCGCAUCAUGCCUUGAGAUGCAAGCACCAGCACGGCCCAUCUCGGGUGCAUGACGAGGUGAAAUUUGCGGUGGCGAGGAUCUCUAAGGCGUCAGGGGGGGUGGUGACGAUGGAGGAUGGUGUGGUGCUGCCGGGGAAGCGGGUUGACGUGGCGGUGCGACGACCAAUGGCCGGGGAGGCUCACGCUCUAGAGAUCAGCGUCGCGGACCCACUAUCGCUGUCCCCAUCUCUGCUAGGGCAGUGCGGUCAUUCUAUGGGUGUGGCGGCAAGGGAGUGGGAGCGUCGCAAAACGAGUGAUUACGCGCCUCUGCUUGCGCGCAACCGGGGCGUGCAGUUCACUCCGUUGAUAGUAGAGACGUGGGGAUGUCUUGACGGGCCGUUACAACGGGCGCAAGCUUGUGUCAUCUUGCUUCGAGCGGCGUCUUGUAUGGGGGGGAUGAAUGUGGACUUGGUGGACCGGGAGAAGGAAGACGUCGAGGAGGAGGGUGGGGCUCUUUGGGUGGAGGCCCGGUAUAUGGUGGAUGCGCAAAUGUGA